UUCUAAAGUGCUGUGAAUGUAUCCACACGUGUGAACCCCAGGUACGUCCUGAGGAACUGGAUGGCUGAGUCGGCCACCAGGAAGGCAGAGACCAACGACUUUUCAGAGGUGGUGCUGUUACAUGAUGUUCUGGGGAACCCCUUCAUAGCGCAAGACGCUGCAGAGGAGACAGGCUAUGCAGCGCGGCCUCCGCUGUGGGGGCGGAGGUUAAAGAAAUACGGAGAACUUGGAUAUUUUCAUCUGUUACUUCCCCAGGGUAGGCUGAGCAUCAGAGGCUCUGUGUCCGAAUCUUUGCUAGCUAGCAUGCUAAGUGCCCUAACAUGCAACGUAGCAUAGCAUCCACAGGGAAUAUGUGUGUACAUUUAAGGAGAAGAUAAAACGGUAUAUUCUUAAUUGAUUUGCGAAAUGGAUCUUUAUGUUGACUAUAUUAAUACCAAUCGCAUAAACAACAAAAAUAAAACUCACCAUCAAAUCAGCCUGCAGAUAUUAUUUUACACUUUA